AUGCCCACCAGGCCAUUCUCUGGGUUAACGGACGGCUCUAUCGUCCCUCCUGGGCAGCUGCGCUUCCCUGUCACCUUAGGCAAGCGCGACAACUACCACACUGAGCUCAUCGACUUUGACGUGGCCCACAUCGACAUCCCGUACAACGCCAUCCUUGGGCAUCCUUCCCUCGCCAAGUUCAUGGCGGCGACUCGCCAUGGCCACAACGUCCUCAAGAUGCCAGGAUGCAGCGGCAUCAUUACGGUCGCCUACGAUGAGAAGGACGUGGCUGCUCUCUCGAGCAUGCCUACCAUGCCGCGGCGGCCGAUAACGCUGAUGACGAAGGUGGCGUUCUGCCUCUCGAGGCCACCCCCACGAAGAAGAAGCAGCUCCUCCCAAAGCGCCAUCCGGAGGCCAAGAGACCAGUUAGCCACACCUCAGUCUUUGCGCCCGCAGCCGAGGCGCCUCUCCCUCCCGCAUAAGAAGGCGCGCCUGGUGCCUCCCUUAGGACGGGCUCGAGGGCUUCCAUCUGGAGAGCCUAUGACCUGA